AUGUUUGGGCCACGACUCAUGGCGAAACACGAGCAGCCGCCGAAGAUGGAUACCUUCUCUCCAGCUCAUCAGCCAGACGAGGGUUAUUCGGAAGACCCGUUAAACCCUACCGUUCACUCGAGUUUGGCUGUCGCUUUGGCAGCUUUACAGUCACCUGCUGAUCUGCCGUCAUGGCUCGCAACCUACGCAUCUUUGCUGCCAGUAUCGGUCAAAAAGGAACUUACACUCGUACUCCUCAACGACUUGCCCACUUCUGCCAUUGCUGAGAUUGUUCAACGCCUGAAUCCACGACUUUACAUCGACUUUGUCCAGUAUCUCCCAGUCGAAAUCUGCCUUAAAAUACUGGGUUAUCUGGAUCCUGUUUCCCUAGUCCAAGUCGCUCGGACCUGCCGAGCGUGGUGUGAACUUGCGCUGGAUCGAAAAUUAUGGGAGAGGUUGUACUACCUUGAAGGGUGGAAAGCCGUUCCCAGCGAAAUCGAAUCGUCGGAAAGCAAAAUCAACGCAGGCCUCAACGUUUCCAUCGGCCAUCCCCAUCGAAUACAGAAUGCCGAUGGCCAGACCAAUAAGAUUCGGGCCAUCAGCAAUGAUGACUUUGAUCCGUGCCACGGCGGGCAAGACCAUGUCGGCCUAGGUGGCAGAAGCAUCUUUGGAACGCCCGCCUCGUCCUUCUCCCCAACACGACCUCUCAUGUCUCUCAAUGGAGGCCAUGCUGCCGUGGACGCCGACGCCGACUUUGCGCCAAGUCCUGCGUUGUUCAAAGGCAAAGGCGUCGACAGAAGCUCUUACCCUUCAAAUGUGAUACGUGUCAAGCGUAAGGAGCCAGGCGGGACUCCAGAGCCGUCUCUCCCUCCCGUGUUACCAACAGACAACCCUAGAAUCAUGACGCGAUCGACGUUGUGGGCUUGGGAUGCCAACAGCUCUCGAUAUCGCAUGAACUGGAAGUAUCUGUACAGCAUGCGGCGACGACUCGAGUCCAAUUGGGAGCUCGGAAAAUUCACCACGUUUCAACUGCCCCACCCUCACUAUCCCGAGGAAGGACAUCAGGAAUGCGUUUACACUUUGCAGUUCGACGCUGAUUACCUAGUGAGCGGCAGCAGGGACCAGACAAUGCGCAUCUGGAACAUCCAUACGCGGAGGUUGGCCCGCCCGCCCCUCAUCGGACACUGUGGAUCAGUUCUCUGUCUUCAAUUCGAUGCGAGUCCUGAAGAGGACAUUCUCGUCUCAGGUAGCAGCGACUCAAACGUUUUCAUCUGGAAGUUCUCGACCGGCGAAUUGGUCCAACAAAUUACCAAGGCGCACCGUGAGUCGGUUCUCAAUGUCCGUUUUGACGCAAGGAUCCUUGUCACCUCGUCCAAGGACAAGACCAUCAAGAUCUUCAAUCGACGGCCGCUCCGGUUUGGGGAGCUGGGAUAUACGACGAGCGACUUGGCCUUCAAUCCCGCGGGCCAACCUGUCAAAUCCUACGGAUACGAACCCGAUCUCGCGCAGGAGCUGCCUCUUAAGGAGCCUUAUACUAUAAUUGGACGCCUGGAGGGACACAGUGCCGCCGUAAACGCCAUUCAAGUCAUGGGCCGUACAAUCGUUUCCGUGUCGGGAGACAGAAAUAUCAAGGUCUGGGAUUGGCCGGACCAGCUGUGUCUGCAGACCAUCCCUGCCCACGACAAGGGCAUUGCCUGUGUCGAGUUUGACGGGAGACGCAUCGUCAGUGGCAGCAGCGAUUAUGAAGUAUGCAUUUUCGACGCCCUGACCGGCUUGAAGGUUGCUCAGCUGCGCGGACAUGCCCACUUGGUGAGAACUGUGCAGGCAGGGUUCGGCGACCUGCCGUAUAGCAGGUUUGAGGAUGAGGCGGUGGCAAAGACUGUGGAUUCAGACUACUUCAAGGCUGUCGAGGCCGGAAAUAUUCUCCAAGGCGCCGAAAGAAGAAAUCGGCGUGCCAGGAGGGCUAACGCUGGAAGUUCCAGGCCAUCUGAUGUGCAAGCGUUUGGGGCCAAGGUGCCUCCGGGCGGCGGUGGCGGACGCAAGUACGGGCGGAUAGUCUCCGGUUCAUAUGACCAGAGCAUCAUUAUUUGGAGACGAGACAAGGAAGGUGUCUGGAAGCCUGUCCACCAUCUUCGCCAGGAGGAAGCUGCCGCAGCGGCGCAAAGAGACAUGGCCUCGAGAACGCUUCAGCCCACGCCCCAACCCCUCGUGGCUCAGCCCGAGGCCAACAUCACGCUGCACCCAUCCGUACUGCCUUCCACCGCUGGCUCCUCGUCGUCAUUGCCCAGAAGUAGAAGCCAGGCCUCGACCGGCUUUGCUCAGGUUAUGCGGGAUCCCUACAACGGACCCCAGGGAUCUAACGGAAUGUACAUGCACUUGAUCGAUCAAAUCAUCCCGCUAGGCCCGGAAGCACUGGAACAGGCCCUGGCAAGCUGUCCUGCCCUGCUCGGCCAUCACAACUACAUGCAAACUGUCAUUGAUCGAGAAGAAUCCUCCCUCGUACGCGCCCAGCUCAGAAGAGUGAUAGCCGCAUCACUGGCAUCCGUUCAAACCGGGGCGCAGGUGUCAAGAACACACCCGUCCAGUAUCUCGGCUGUGGCAAGCUCAUCCGAGGCUGGUCCCUCUGUUGUCACGCCUGGUCCCCGGCCUGGAUCAAGGCCCGCGGACAGCGAGCCAGCGAGCGUGGCGUUGGGAGAUGGCUCUAGACCAGGAGCUUCGUCAGCUGCUGCUGAACCUACGACAGGGUCAGCGCCGUCUCUGGUGCCGGCAGCCGCGAUGCCGACAGCCCCGAUCCCUAUUCCACCACCCCUACCAACCCCGGUUCCUGCAGCCGCUCAGCCAACUCAACCACUACCGCCUGCACAUCAUCACCCGCACAUAGCGGCGGCUGAAAAUGCCCCGGCGAGGGUUUUCAAGCUCCAGUUCGACGCUCACAAGAUCGUAUGCUGUAGUCAAGCACCUGUCAUUGUGGGCUGGGACUUUUGCAACGGAGAUGCAGAACUCGAGGAAACAGCACGACUCUUUGGCACAGUGGAUUAA